AAAAUGCGAUGAACACUCUGUAUUAAGUGUCAGAAAUCCUAUUUCAAUAUUCAGCACUGUCGAAAGAUUCAAUCUUGAAAAUGACUGAAUCAGCAUGCAGUUGCAUGUGAUGAUAUAGAUACACAGAUAGAGACAUGGUUCUUUUCUCCUCUUCGAAAGAUUAGUGAAUUUGCUUUCUGGGAUUCAUCGUCCUCUCUUGAAUUUUAUUAUUUGGGUUCGAAUUCUUUUGGUAUUAAAUUAAUUGAUGGCGAAUGCAUCUGGGCUGGUUGCUCCAACAGUUCCCAGUUUGAAGAGGAGAUUUUCUCCACCAUUAGGCAUUUAUCGAUCUGCAUUUUGGUUCUACGACGGCGUUUCGAGGCGAACAUUGUGUUUUAGUGCGGCGCAGGGCGCAGAGAAGCUUUCCCCUGCUCAACCCCUAUCGCGCAGACUUGUCAGCAAAGGGUGCAAGUUAGUUGGAUGUGGCUCUGCAAUACCAAGUAUUCAAAUAUCCAAUGAUAAUCUCUCAGAAAUUGUCGAUACUUCGGAUGAAUGGAUAUCUGUCCGGACUGGAAUUAGAAAUCGGAGAAUACUUUCUCGACAAGACAGCUUGACAGCUCUGGCUACAGAGGCUGCGCAGAAAGCUCUCCAGAUGGCUGAGGUUGAACCCAAUGACGUUGACCUUGUGCUAUUGUGCACUUCAACUCCAGAAGACUUGUUUGGGAGUGCUCCUCAGAUUCAAAAAGCGCUUGGCUGUGGUAACAAUCCGCUGGCUUAUGAUAUCACGGCUGCCUGCAGCGGCUUCUUGUUGGGCCUAGUUUCAGCUUCCUGCUAUAUUCGAGGGGGUGGCUUCAAUAAUGUUCUUGUGAUUGGUGCUGAUGCUCUAUCCCGCUACGUUGACUGGAAAGAUAGAGGAUCAUGUAUCCUGUUUGGUGAUGCUGCUGGUGCUGUUCUACUACAGUCAUGUGAUAGUGAAGAAGAUGGUUUAUUUGCUUUCGACAUGCACAGUGAUGGUGAAGGUCAGAGGCACUUAAAAGCCAACAUGAAGGAAGACAAAACAGAUCCUGAGUUGAGCACAAACGGUUCACUUCUUGGCCUCCUGCCCAAAGGCUCCUCCUCUUACUCGUUCAUCGAGAUGAAUGGUAAAGAGGUCUUCCGCUUUGCUGUCCGUGUCGUUCCACAUUCGAUUGAACUGGCCCUAGAGAAGGCAGGUCUUGCUGUGUCAGACAUAGACUGGCUAAUUCUGCAUCAGGCGAACCAGAGAAUAAUCGAUGCAGUAGCCACGCGCCUGGAGGUUCCCCAAGAGCGAGUAAUAUCCAAUUUGGCAAACUAUGGCAACACGAGUGCUGCCUCGAUUCCAUUGGCGUUGGACGAGGCUGUGAGAAGCGGGAAGGUCCGAGCCGGUGAUACCAUUGCGACUGCUGGUUUUGGAGCUGGCCUUACAUGGGGCUCUGCUAUCGUUAGAUGGGGAUGAUCAUCGGCACACUCGUUUCUGGUUUUUUGAGUUCCAUUUGCAUGUUCUUUCGCAGCUCGUGUUGCCCUUUGCCUUAGUCGUGCUCUCUGUCUCUCACUUUGAUAGUAGCUAUGGAAAUGAAGGAAAUGUCUUGUUGAUCAAGUGUUAUUUGAUUUGUUGAACAGUGAUAACUGUUACUGUAUAUUAGCAGUAAUAAUCUUUUCUGAUUAUGGCAAAA